AUUUAUCUGAUGAUAAACGUCAACAAUAUAAUUAUAGUCUUGUCAAAUUUUAUUCACCUGUUACACAAAAUUAUUUACCAGCAUCAAAUUUAGGUGCUAUUACUGAACGUUUAGAUGAUUUAAUAAGAAAUUAUAUUACAACACAUGAAAAAUUAGAUCAAACUAAUAUGGAUAAACGAACAUUUGAAAAAAUGAUUCAUUUUAAAUCACUUAAAUCAUGUAUUGAUCCAGGUGAAAGUGUUGAAAUUUUAGCUGCACAAUCUAUUGGAGAACCUAGUACACAAAUGACAUUGAAUAGUUUUCAUUUUGCUGGUCGUGGUGAAAUGAAUGUAACAUUAGGUGUUCCACGUCUUCGUCAAUUACUUAUGGUUGCUUCUCAAAAGGUAAAAACACCAACAAUGGAAGUACCUAUUUUACAUAGUUCAUCAGCAUUAGGUAAAGCAAAACGUUUACAACGUCGUUGGUCUCGUCUUUUAUUUUCUCAAGUAUUAAAAACUUUAAAUAUUCAUAAAAAACUUUCAUUAAAAUUAAAUGAUCAUAAACAUACAUAUAAAAUUGAAUUUUAUUUUGAUGAAAAAUAUGGAAAAAAAACAAUUAAAUGA